AUGCCACCGUCUUUGGAUCACACAUGCGAGCAUUGCCCGCUCGCGAACGGCGGGAACCACCGUGUCCCCAAACUGCAACGCGUUGCUCAUCAAGCUGCUGUUGCUCGUCUACUGGAGCGCCAGCGCACAGCGUACAAGAAGCCUGAGCCCGCGUUAGCCAUUGCACGUUGUAGUCAGCCUCUGUCCUCUGGGCUUGACGAUGACAUGAGCGAUGAGCCCAGCAGUCCACCCAUUGUGGAAGCUCAGCCAGAGGCUGUCUCUGAUCCUGCCGAUAUGGAAAUGGAACGGCUAGCCAGCCUGUUUACUGGCCUGGUCAUGCUCAACGACGGGCCACAUCCCCAUCGUCAGACGCACUCAAAACUCUUCAGCUCUCGGGAUGAAUAUCAAGCGGGUGUGCCUGAGAUCCCAACUUCCUUUACACCAAUCCCACCUAACGAGGCUCUCAAUGGCGUGGAAGCGAUUCUGCAAAGUCAAUCGCUCCCUCUCCGACCGGCAGCAAUCGUCACGCAGCAAGUGAAUACGACACUUUUGCAAGAUAUGCUCACGCGAAUCCGGACUGCUCGGGUGGAACUCGAUAUACAGAAGGCUCUUGAUGUCGGUCCUCAUACGGUCGGGGGCUUAACGAUGGCUGUGAAGAUCGCGAGCGCUAUUGUUGCUGAGGCAGGCCGUCUCCUAUCCAGCAUCAACUCUCCUGGAGACCUGAAUCCGCGCAACUCCAAGAGGCAGUCUUGUGCACAGGAGACGAACACAAACACUUUGAAGAAAGAAGUGCACGAUGAGGCGAUGGCUCUCGACUCUGUUGUCGAUGUCGUAGGUCGUCUCCUCCCUCCAGACACGACCGAAAUCGAUUAUAACACUGAGCAUCACUUUGAGAAUCCUAUCGCCAAAUUCAAUGUCGUUGCCCAGCUUUCGAUUCUUUUGGCCCUCGUUUGUCAUGUCAUUGUGGGGAUUAGUAGCGACCCUGUGAAUCUCAUCAUGACGUUUGUGAACACCAUUGUUCAAGCAACCAUGUCGCUCUCCUCUCGCGAUGGCCGGGCAACUGCAACUCAGACAUAUGUGUUGAACGAACUUCCCACCUCGUUGGAGUCCGCGCUUCGCAGAUUCAAGAUUGACCCCUUGACUGUCGUUUAUGCCAUGUGCCCGACUUGCCAUCACACACACGCAGCCAAAGAUGACCGUCUCAGUGGAGAAGCGUUGUACGCAGAGACUUGCCAAGGAUACAUAUAUCCCCAGCGGGGAGCACGCCAUAUCUGCGGCACCCAGAUUCUGGAACUUUGGCAAAGGAAGAUGCGGCCAAUUAAGCCAUUCGUUUUCACAUUGUUGAUUGACUACAUUGGCGCUACAUUAUCUGAUGCUGAGCUGGAGCGAAUGUGCGAGAAAGCAUGUGAUGAUGCUCUUGCUGCGGUGCGUGAAGCCACGUCCGCGAAUCCGAAUGCACCGGUGGCAGAAGACCGGGUCAAUAAUGAGACCGGUUUCGAAGGACCUGUGCCCGGCAAGCUUUUCAUACAACGGGACGGUCGUCUACGACUGGCCUUCCAGGUCAUGAUGGACUUUCUGAACCCCAACGGAACGCGGAAGCGUGGUAAUCACGACUCGAUUGGGAUUCUAGCUGUCGUCAACCUCAACCUCACCGAGGAUAUCCGUUAUCGCCCUGAGAAUAUGUGGAUCAGCAUUAUUCUAGGCCCCAACGAGCCCAACCACGACCAGAUUGAUAACUACGUUCGUCCCCUAAUCGAUAACUUUGUCAUUGGAUGGGAGCGAGGUUUUCAUUUCUCAUGCACGGCGCUCCAUACUACUGGACGUGACGUGGAUCUCGCGCUUGUCAUCAACGUGAAUGACUUACCUGCGACAAGGAAGGCUCAAGGCAUGUCUGCCGCCAACUCACAUCAAUAUUGUUCCAUCUGUGAUUGCUAUGGCACCCACACCAUGUACAACACUGACUUUCACUCUUGGACGCGCCGUGACAUAUCCGUUCUCCGCGCUCAAGCUUAUGCAUGGCAAGAUGCCCCGACACAAGCCGCCCGUGAUGCAAUCUUCUCAAAGUACGGAGUACGGUGGUCCGAGUUCUGGAGACUUGCCUACUGGGACCCAACGCGCAUGGCAGUCGUUGACUCCAUGCAUUGCAUCUUGGAAGGACUAGUCCAUUACCAUUGUCGUCGAGUACUCCGAAUAGAUACCAAGGUUGCCAAGCGCAAAGAAACGAUGGGGGCUGCCUUCGAGUACAACUGGCCAGACUACAACGCUGCAACCUGCCAUCCUUUGUGUUUACUGAGGAAUGAAUCAAGGGAAUUGCCAAUGAUUCGAACGAUUCAGCAACGGCUUGUCCAGCCCUUGCUUGUUGAAGACGACAGCGACAGUGAUAUGGAGGACGACGACGGAGAUGUGGACAUGGCUGACGCCCCUGACCCGCGAUUCGUCCCAGCAGUCACAGAAGAGGAGAUGCGCGAGCAGCUGUUGAGGGUCAACCUUCAGCCGCUUCGCUGGGUAGUCCAUUCUCUCAGUUUGAAUAUGGAACCAAGUCGCAUAGCAUCGAAGAAGGCCUGCUGUGAUCAGCUACUUGCUUGGCAUCACACUCAGCCACUCAUGAAUAGUGGAUAUGUGCCGCGCUCUAUCAAUCUGGCCAACAUACAUUUCAUUCAGUGCGUGAUUGCAAACACCACAACCCCAGCCUGGGUAGACUCUGUUCCAUCUAAUUACGGCGACAGCAAUGCGGGCACCAUCAAGGCCGCCGAAUGGCGCCUCCUCUCAACCAUCUAUCUCCCCAUUGCCCUCGUUCUCCUUUGGGGCGAUCAAGAUCCUUCAGACCCACAAUCUACGCGGCUGCUGCAGAUGCUGGACCAUACAAUGUCAUUAUUCAGCGCAGUCAUCCUGGUCUGUCAAUAUACCAUGACACCUUCGCGUGCAGACAAAUAUCGGGCGUUUCUCAAGCAAUGGGUCGACGGUCUCCAUGCAAACCACCCACACACCCGGUCCCAUGCUAUGCGACCGAAUGUUCACAUGGCGUUCCACAUAUAUGACUUUCUCAUACUCUUUGGCCCCAUCAUCUCUUGGUGGUCUUUUCCUUUCGAGCGCGUCAUUGGGCUGCUCCAGAGAAUCAACACCAACAACCAUAUUGGCGGAGAACUUGAAAGCACCUUAUCCCGUUCGUUCCUGUGUGGAGCUGCCAUUCGUCGUUGGCUGCGUCGCCCUGAUUGUCCUCCAGUCUUCCAGGAGCUGAAAGUACUUUUUGAGAAGACUUCCCCAGCCUACAAUUCACCCUCUGACUCACCUCCCCUAACCACCGAUGGAGAACGUGCACACUACAGACGGAACGGAACCAAUUUCUCUCGUUCCAGGAUGCAUCUUGGCAACAGUCUCGUUCUCUACUAUCCUCCAAAGUCGAGACAUACAAUUGCCGGUAGUAACGAGGCAAUCAUCGCUCAUGGCACUGAUAUCACCUUCAGGAUUCGGCGACAAGAACCAUUGGCUCAUGGGAUACGUGAUCCGUUUGCCCGCUAUUGGCCAUACUUCCCGGCGCGCACGUACUCUUCUUCAAUGAGCAAUAUCGUAGACAAAGUACCCCUAGAUGAUGUUGUAGCUCAUUAUGCGCGCUUCACUUUCUCUGAUGGCCGAUGCGUAGUCCUCGAUCUAUCAACUAGUUAG